AUGCUGAAAACCUUUAUCAUCCUUUUUAUUUUAUCUCAAUUAGCAUUUGGAGGUUAUCAAGAUAAUACUGGUAAUCUCCAUGUUGAAUGCUUGAAUUCCCCCCCUCCCCAUCCCAUUCUUUCAGAAUUCGAUGAGAAAAUUAAAGAAAUAAUCCGAACAAGAGCCAACGGAGAUGUCUCGUUUCUUAGAAGAUUUGUGAACGCUGAUGGUAUUCCACAAGGAUUGGGGAAUCGUGAUGGAUUCAAUGAUUCUUACUGUUACAAUAUAACUGAACGUCUUCUUGCUCAUUCGAAAUAUGCCGACUGUACAAAGUUACAAUCCUUGAAUGGAUCAGUAGUAGAUCUCAACUUAUGGACUGGUUUCGAUAUUUUCAAGUUUUCUGUGAACCUCUUGGAACUAAAAAAUGUCGAUGUGGAGAUGACUUAUCGAACGGAAUUGACAUAUUUGUACUUCAGCGCUUUUCGUAAAUGUGAUAGUAGGCAACUUUUUUUUGAGAUUCGAUUAACAGAAAACAAUUUUAGACUGUCUAUUCAAUUUUACGAGAAAUCCCGCUCUGAUCGUCCCAAACUAUUGGUUCGCGGAAAUUUAAGACUGAAACUUUCUCAAGGAGCGGAUAGACGAAAAAUCGAAGAUCUGAAGAAGGUAUGCAACAAGGAGAUGUGCGAGAUUCAAAAAAAUGAAGAAUGCCACUUCCGUCAUUCGAUCAAAAAUUCAGAUGAAUACAGUAACUGUCGUCAUGUCUACGGAGAUAUGUAUUUCAAUUCUCGUUUCCAAGAAAGUCAACCUGGAACUAUGGAUUUCAGAAUUGAUGGCUGUUUUGUAUUCAAUAGAACUGGCAUUCAGUUUUUACGACCAAUAAUGCGAGCAUUUUCAAAUUGCUCCCGAUCCCAUUUGUUCUUCAAAAACAAGUACAUGUGCACUGAUCAACUACUAGAAUUGAAAGAUCGUUGGAAAUCGAAUAACGUAAAUGUAACGCCAGCAGAUGGCAUGGAUGUCAAAUGCUAUCAAGGCGAAUGUCGAGGAGGUUUCGUCUCUGAAAAUGUCAAGGAUCGUUAUUCUGGAUGUGAAGUGAUUCGUGGCAAUGUUCUAGUUACAGAGCAGAGCGGGAACGUCUCCGAACGUGUUCGUGAUUUGUCGUAUGCCCACGUAAUCAACGGAUCACUUCAUCUUAUCAACAACACUUCACUUAAAAAAUUGACCCUUCCAUUUCUUAAAGAAAUUUAUUCAACACAAUGUCCAGCUCUGGUAAUUCAGAACAUGUCAAACUUGACUGACAUCAUUUUCCAUUCUCAUAUCGAAUUUAAUUGUAAUUCAACUGGGCCCAAAGUUUUGAUUAGAAAUAGCCCAAAGCUCUACUUAUAUCAUCAAACUCUGGAACAAAUGAGAAAAGCUGGAGCAAUAUUGGAUGACUUCAAUUCUGAAACGGAUACAUAUUCGGAAAAUUCAACUUUCUACCUGGUUGGCUUAUGCGUUCUUAUUGUGAUUUUUGUGGAAAUAGCAUGGGCACUUCGAAAAAAUCUUCUGUUUCCAAAUUGGAUUUAUCGGAUUUUCCCAAUGAGUAUCAAGAGGAAAUUGAAACAAAAGCAGCCGAGAAAAAAGAAAGAAGAAUAA